AUGAGUGUAAGGGACAUUACUGUCACAGACCUGGUACAAGUCAUUGUGAAAAUAGUCCUUGGAACCUACCGUUGUACAUGUAACAGUGGCUGGACUGGACGUAACUGUUCACAAGAUAUUGACGAAUGCCAACAUAAUCCCUGUGAACACGGAGGCACGUGUAACAACACGAUCGGGUCCUACACGUGCGCGUGUCAAGGAUUCAGUGGACACAAUUGUGAGAAUGACAUCAACGAGUGCCAACAUACCAAAUGUCCACAUAAAAACAUGCACUGCGUAAACAGUGUUGGGUCCUACACGUGUCAGUGUAACGCGGGCUGGACGGGUGAUCAUUGUGAUACUGACGUGAAUAAAUGUCAACAUAACCCUUGUUUACAUGGAGGCACAUGUCACAACCGUGUCGGUAAUUACACGUGUCAGUGUAACGCGGGCUGGACUGGAUGGAACUGUUCGAAGGAUGUUAAUGAAUGCAGUUUUAUGCCUCGUGUAUGCAAUAACCAUGGGACAUGUAUAAAUAAUGACGGUAGUUAUACAUGUAAUUGCGCGGCCGGAUGGACAGACUCACAUUGCUCUACAGACAUCGAUGAAUGUAAACAACACUUGGGUAAGAACAACGCCACCUGUACCAAUGUCGCCGGAGGCUAUAUAUGUCAUUGUAACCAAGGUUGGCAUGGAAGCACGUGUUCUGAGGAUAUAAAUGAAUGUGAAAACAACCCUUGUCAAAACGAGGCUACAUGUCACAACAAUGUCGGAUCUUAUGAGUGCAUGUGUACAGAUGGCUGGUCAGGACAUCAUUGUGACAAGGAUAUUAACGAAUGUAAACUCCCGAACCGCUGCAGCGGAAGUCAUACCUGUAGCAACUUCCCUGGUGGUUUCCUGUGUUCCGGUCGCACUGAGAGUACAACAUCAUACGAUUUGACUUCGAGCCACCCGUUUGUUUCACAAUCCUACGUCAGCUUCAUCAGCCUUGAAUGUUUUACAAACGUCUGGAAGAUUCGGAUAUACCUUCCAGAGCUUUACAAGCGCCACACAGACUUUGAUCCGACUGAUAUAUACCUCGGUAAGGCGGGCUGCGAGGGCUACCGAUCUGGUGACUACCUGAUUAUAAAUCAUCAGUAUAACGACUGUCUGACUCGCCAUACUCUCACUGCCAGAAGUGACGUGUAUAGCAAUACUUUGGUGUAUGCACUGAGAGAUGCCAAUUACGAGUUUAUCAUCAGAGACUACCGCUUCCGGAUAGACCUAGAGUGUCGCAUGAAUAUACACGAGACGGUGUCGCAGCAUUUUAUAGAGACACAGAACCAGGUUCGCACGCGCAGCAAUAAUCCACGUAUUUCUGGUCAAGGCCACUACGCUAUCUCUAUGACAUUUUACACGGACUUAAACUUCCUACAUCCACUGAUCGAUAACUAUGUAAUGACAAAUAACCCACUCUCGGCCGACAUCGGGGAGGACAUCUAUGUCAAGCUCGCCACACUCGUAUCCGACCCCGACGUCAAGAUGAGAGUAGACUCCUGCUACACUCUUCCCUCCCCUGGAGCUGGGGAAAAUCUGAAAUUAUACCUGAUCAGGAACGCGUGUGCUAGUGACAUCAGUUCACGUGUGCUCUACAUUACACCUCACGAGACCAGGUUUGUAUUUAGAGAUUUUGAAUAUUCGACUGAUCAGGACAACUUGUAUUUGUAUUGCACCGUCACCUUCUGUAACACUACGGACAAUUCGUCUGUUUGUGACCAACAAUGCCACCAAAGAAUGGUGCGGUCGAUCGUAACAGCGCCUCAGGGGUACCGAGCGAUGUUAACUACUUCCGGGGUCAUACCGCGACACAUCGGCCGUAGAAGAAAAGUGGCUGGUAAACCGGAUGUAGCAAACCCAAUCGGUCAGACGAAGAACAUCGGUAUCGAUGGUGAUAUAUUCACGAUCGCAGUGUUGGUAGGUAUGAUGGUGUUAUCAGUAAGUGCUGUUUUACUGAUGGUUCGACGCCGUUUGAACCGGGAAUCAGAAUAGUCACCAAAAGAUCACUUUUUUAGGGACAAACCAGGCAAUAAUAAUUGUACUUUUUGUUUUCCGUCUCUGAAAAUAAACACAUUUACAGAAUUAAAA